AUGAUUCAAUGGAUGAUAUUGAUCAGAAAGCAAACAGAUGAUCACAAGUCGCUCGCUCUCGCUUAUGCUGCCUAUGCUCGGAAGCUCAAGCUCGAGAAGUCUAAGCUCGUUAGGGUUUUCGCUGAUCUUUCAUGUAGCUACACGGAUCUCAUCUCGAAACCUGCUUACAGAGCUUUGUUCGACUCUGAUGCGGAAUCAACAGACGAAGUGGCACUCCGGCAGUUCGAGAAGGAGGUGAAAGAGCGGAUUAAGGUAACCAGACAAGUGAUUGCCGAAGCCAAAGAGUCGUUUGACAACCAACUUAAGAUUCAGAAGCUGAAAGAUACAAUUUUCGUAGUCAAUGAGCAAUUAACCAAGGCAAAGAAGCAAGGUGCGUUCUCUAGCUUGAUUGCAGCGAAAUCAAUACCAAAGAGCUUGCAUUGCGUUGCAAUGAGGUUAAUGGAAGAGCGAAUUGCACACCCUGAGAAGUACUCAGAUGAAGGCAAGCUACGUCCUGCAGAGUUCGACGAUCCUAAGCUGUAUCACUAUGCGAUAUUUUCUGAUAACGUUGUUGCUGCUUCUGUUGUGGUCAAUUCUGCUGUUAAAAACACAAAAGAACUAUGGAAGCAUGUUUUCCAUGUUAUGACAGAUAAAAUGAAUCUUGGAGCAAUGCAGGUUAUGUUCAAGAUGAAAGAAUACAACGGUGCUCAUAUUGAAAUCAAAGCAGUGGAGGACUACACAUUUCUGAACUCUUCAUACAUUCCAGUGCUAAAGCAGCUUGAAUCUGAAAAAUUGCAGAGGUUCUACUUCGAGAAUAAGCUUGAGAAUGCAACAAAGGACACAACCAGUAUGAAGUUCAGGAACCCUAAGUAUCUAUCAAUCUUGAAUCAUUUUAGGUUCUACCUACCUAAGAUGUACCCCACCUUGCACAGGUUUUUGUUCUUGGAUGAUGAUAUAAUUAUUCAAAAAGAUCUGACUGGACUUUGGAAGAUAGACACGGAUGGAAAGGUAAAUGGAGCUGUUGAGACUUGUUUCGGGUCUUUUCAUAGGUAUUCACAAUACAUGAACUUCUCUCAUCCUUUGAUCAAGGAGAAGUUUAAUCCCAAGGCUUGUGAUUGGGCUUAUGGGAUGAACUUCUUUGAUUUGGAUGCUUGGAGGAGAGAAAAGUGCACUGAGGAGUACCACUAUUGGUAA